AUGGCCAAGCUUGCAGGCAGUGCUACAAGGCAAAGUGCCGGUGUAUGUUUCCGUCUCAAGAAAACGUGUCAGCCAUCAGACUCGGUCCGCAGGCGUGAUUUGCAGACAGCUGAAGAGUCCGAUGCGCGGAUCGCUCGGCUGGAAGACAAAAUGGAGAGCUUAUUAAACGUAAUGCAAUCUUUCAUCGGUUCCUUAGGGCCUUCUGAGUUUCCCGUCAACAUCCUUCAACCACUUCGACCCCUCAAUGGAGAAAGCAUUUCAUCAUCCACGACGUACACGAAUGGCACUUCAAUAAAUACACCGGGUGCUAACGUAGGCUUCAGUGAGGGGCCGACAUCUGCGAUGGAUCUGAUAGCCACUGUACCACCGAAUCUAACUCCGUCAUAUCUGUCUCACAAUUCUACCCUGUCUAUCUCUGCUUCAUCGCCAAACCCAGCAGAUGAACGGCUCAAUUUCUUCCGUUACCGAAUGCUGCCAUACUUUCCUUUCAUCGACUUGACCCCCGGCAUGACAAGCAGCUAUCUGCGCCGAAACAGGCCUGUCUUGUUCCAAGCCAUCCACACAGUUACCACAUUCUCAACACAGGAAAGACUAGCUCAAGUUGAGGAGCUGAAGCAUCUCCUGUUCACAUCUACCUUGCUUAAAGUCCAGUCAAAUAUAGACCUACUACUUGGAUCAUUGACGUAUCUAGCAUGGAGUACCGAUGCUUUUCUUGGCAAAGCAGACCUCAUGUCUCGCCUCCUGAUGCUUGCGAUUUCACUAGUAUAUGACAUGCGAUUGUUCAAGCCACCUUCACAGGAUGUGCAGCUUAUGAUGACUAUCACCCAGGGGCGGAAUGACGAAAACAGUCAUAGCCUCAACGAUGAAACGCCGGACGCCUUAUUGGAAAAGCAGCGGGCAAUACUUGCAUGUUUCAUCUUGAGUUCUAAGUGCGCAUGA